AUGGACGAAAUCGCACCCGAGUACGACGUUGUGGUUCUGGGAACUGGUCUCACAGAAUGUGUUCUAUCAGGUGUUCUCAGUGUCAAGGGCAAGAAGGUGCUCCACAUUGACCGUAACGAUCACUAUGGCGGUGAAGCCGCCUCUUUGAACAUCGAAGCACUCUUCAAGCGAUACGGACAGACGACCGGCGAGCCAUGGAAGAAGUAUGGCCGCGUGAACGACUGGAACAUCGACCUUGUCCCAAAGCUUCUCAUGUCCAACGGUGAACUCACCAACAUCCUCGUUUCGACCGACGUCACAAAAUACCUCGAGUUCAAGCAGAUCGCCGGCAGCUAUGUGCAACAGGGCGCAGCUACCAAGGCGACUGUUGCCAAGGUGCCCUCAGAUGCAGGCGAGGCACUCCGGUCGCCACUGAUGGGUCUCUUCGAGAAGCGCAGGGCCAGGAACUUCUUGGAGUGGGUUGGCGCAUACAAGGAGGAUGACCCGGCGUCACACAAGGGCCUUGACACGCAGUCUUGCACUAUGAAGGAAGUUUACGACAAGUUCGGCCUGGAGCCCAGCACCCGCGACUUCGUUGGACACGCUAUGGCGCUUUACCAGACGGAUGACUACAUUGACCAGCAGGGCGCGGCCAACGAGGCCAUUCAGCGCAUCAGGCUCUACGUCAACUCGAUGGCGCGGUACGGAAAGUCGCCUUACAUCUACCCUUUGUAUGGCCUUGGAGAGCUUCCCCAGGGUUUCGCCCGACUUUCAGCUAUCUACGGCGGCACCUACAUGCUGAACACCGAUGUUGAUGAAUUCAUCUACGACGGCAGCAAGGUCGUUGGCAUCAAGGCCACCAUGAAGGAGAAGGACGACGCCGGCGAGGGCAUGAAGUUUGAGACUAAGGCGAAGAAGAUCCUCGCAGACCCCUCAUACUUCCCCGAUAAGGCGCGCGUUACCGGACAUCUGCUGAAGGCCAUCUGCAUCCUCAACCACCCGGUUCCCAACACUGGCGACAUCGAUUCCCUUCAACUCAUCAUCCCACAAUCCCAGGUUGGACGCAAGCACGACAUUUACAUCGCCGUCGUCUCCUCCGCCCAUAACGUCUGCCCCAAGGGCUACUACAUCGCCAUCGUGUCGACGAUUGCCGAGACCGACAGCAACCACCACCUCGAGUUGCAGCCUGGUCUCGACCGCCUCGGACGCAUCGAGGAGCAGUUCAUGGGCCAGCCCAUCCCACUCUACGAACCACUCGAAAGUGGUGAUAACGACAACAUCUUCCUCUCCAAGAGCUACGAUGCUACCAGCCACUUCGAGACAACGACGGAUGAUAUCAAGGAUAUUUACCGACGUGCGGAGGGCCAGGAGCUUGUUGUUGAGGGGUUGAGGGAAGGUGCGAAUUUCAACGUCGAGGAGUAG